CCCGCCCCGCUCCGCUCCGCUCCGCAGCGGCCCCGGCCCGGCCCUUACCGAUGCACCGCACGUAGUGUUUUGCAGGAAGUUUCCACGCUCCUGGGUUUAAUGCGUGCAACGCGGGGCUGGAGAGGAGCGCGGCUGAAUAGCGAUGGAAAGGGGCGGGCGGAGAGGUGGAGGAGGAGGCGGUAGCAGCAGCGGCCGUGUUUAAUUUUUUAAUUAGGGCGGUUUGAGCAUCUCCCGGCGGAGCCGCAUCACCGGGCGGCGAGGGGAGCCCGGGCGAGCUGCCCCCGCCGCCCGGGAGCACCCCGAGCCGUCGGGACUGCAGGCUGCGCUUUGGACAGCUGGCGAGGCGGGCGGAGCGCGGAGAGCGGCGCGCCCGCCACCAUGGGCAGCGCGGGCGCGGAGCACAAGGAGCUGUGAGUCAUGCCUUCAUUUGCUGAGCAUCCAUGCCCUGGCCUUCCUACCUUCACCUCCCUGAAUCUCUUAGAACCCAAGAGACAAUAUUCUCCUCAACAAUUUAGAGAAUACAGGCAGGCAGUGAGCACGUGAGUAUGACAGGUUGGCUGUGUGGUCACAGUGCUCCUUUUGCAGCAUUUCUGGUCAUGUGUGGUUAACUCAGGUAGCUCAGACUCUUCAGAGAAUUCCAUAUUCAUGCUGAUAUUUAUUUCUAGUCUAUUUUAUAGGACUUCUCCAUUAUUAUUAGUCUUUUCAUCUUACCACCUUCUAUGACCAAUUUCUGUAAUAGCAUUUCUGGAAUGCAGUUUUGUUUCCCUGAACAGAUAUUUAAGGGCAAAUGAGGUGCUUCCAAACCUGCCAGAGAAUGCCUGUUUAUAUGUCCCUUUCCAAGUUUGGUUUGCUGUUACUCAAGCACAAGCUCAGGACUGAAGCUAUUCAAAGUACUUUGAGAAUGACCACAUCCAUGAACGAGCAGCUGGGCUGCAGACAUCCAAGAAGAGAACAGAUGGCCACUGAUGUGGUCAGUUUUGUUACAAACUGUCAUGUAGGAAGCGAGUUUUUAGGCACCUAAGGCCAAGAGGAUGAAUGCUCCCAGUUUGACAAAGAUAGACAUUUCCUGAGUACUGAGCCAUUUGAAAAAAAUCCUGUAGGGGGUUCUGUGAGAGAAAGACUGAAACCCAGAACACCAGGAAGAUUAUCCUGGUUACUUUCCUGAUCUUCUGAAGUCUCUCCGUAAACCUGAGAGUAAAGGCCAGGUCUGAAAAAAAUGACACCCUGUCACCCCAAACCACCAAAUAGCUGGGGCUGGGAUCUUCAACCCACUGGCAGAGUUGGGCUGGUGAUUUUGAUAAAAUAAGAAUUUCAACAUCUUCCUUCCAGCUGCCUCACAAUACCUAGUACCUGUAGUGUUCCCCUUCAUCACCCCACAGGUGCAGCCAGCACCUCCAGCUCAUACCUCUUAGCUCAGUAUUAAGCUGUUUUCCUCAUUCAUAUUUUCUGUAGGACUCUGUUUCUUCUGGCCUCAGAAGGACUUCCAGUGGCCUUUUAUUUCACAGCAGGAUGUUAAGGAGCCUUAGUUUUUGCCAGUGUUUAUACAGGUAACAAAUCAAAGGAGGAGAAGAAUCCUGAUCUGUGAAAAAGAUCAAGUUCUGUCUGGGGCCAGCCCCCACAAAAUGGCUCUACAGAUUAAAAGUGAUACAAUGCCUGUCUCCAUGAUGCUCUCCUGAGGGCUAUCUUUGAGGAUUUUGGGAUCCAGGCCAGGUUAGUUAGCAUUCCCAGUCUUCUGACUCAGGACUUUAACAGAUACACUGCAGCAAAUGAAAAGGUAUCUUGACAAACUGGGAGAGGACAUCUAACCUGUGUGCAGCAUUAAAAUGUGAAAGGAAUAAAAGGCACUCAAGGUACCAUGGGUUUGGGAAUAUAUAAAUAGAACAAAAUUUCCUGUGAACUCUAAGACUUCAAUUAUAAUUUCUGAAAUUCAGCACAAGGAACAGAAGAAUACAAAGUUGCUCAUUAGAGUUUCCCAGAACCAAUCCCCCCCCAGCAAAGUACACAGUUUUCUCAUGCAGCUUUUUCAUGCAAACUUUUGUUAAAUAAGACUAAGAUAUCAAUUUCUCCAUGUUUCAGCAUCAAUCAGGCUUUGCACAGAGAUUUGUCCCAUAAUGUCUCCUGACAAGCACAUAAUGUACAAACAAAUCCUGUCUAAUUCCAGUGUGUAAGCUGCAAAAUUGGUAAGACUGGAAGUCAUAUUCUUGGAAAAUUACUCUCUGUGGUGAAGAAAUGUUAUGUCAAACACAAACAUAUUUGUCUGAACUCAGCUCAAAUUCAGAGUUCUCCAUGGCCAGCCUAUCCCUAAUAUUCUUCUCAAUGUCUUUCAAGAGAGCAACUGUUUUUCUUGGGUCUGGCUUUUCCAGUAGUGACUAUGUAUAAUUUUCCUGUAUAAAUCUUGUUUUUAAUUUUUGUAACCCAAUACCCUAUGACUUUUGUAAAGUAUUUUUUUUCCUUGACUGGCUUUUGCUCAAAUCAACUGACUUCUAACAUUAAUUUGUGAUAUUGAACUUUCUGUAAUUUCUUUUCCUGCAGAAGGUCAAACUUAAUAGAAAAAUUGGAAGUAUGCCCAAUGAAAAUCCAUAUCGCAGGUGGGCUUUACCUGUGAUGUAUUUUCAGAAAAUAAAUAUUGCUUGUUGUUGACAUUAUUUCUAAUUCCUACAGGCUAUAUCUGGAUCUUUCUUCCAGCUUAACAGGAAUUAAAACAGCAUGGCCCAAAGAGCAGAGUAUAAUUCAAAACAGGGAAGGAUCUCAUACACAGGUCUAUAGAAUAAACAGAAUAUUGGUUGUGAUGCUCUGGCAAAUGUGUAACAGGAAACAUUAUUUAAUAUCUACUAUAAUGAGGCUUAUUGCAAAAAAAACCCAACCCCCCCCCAAAAAAAAACACCCAACAAAACCCAAAAACAACCUUGUGUUUUUCCCUUUUGAUCUUUGUUCUAAAAUUUUUGUUCUUUAGGAUAAUAGUCAAAAACCCCACAAAUUCUGAAGUGAGAGAGGAGACACCAAACAAGAAACAAGUUCUGUCCAUUUCUGUCUGCUCAGGAAUACCAAAAAUUAUUUUUACUUUUUCUGUUGUUUUUACCUGUAGGCUGACUCAGAGUGUGGCUCCUCUCAGCCAUUGCUACAGUGCAGAGUAGAGAUACUGGAACUCCCUUUAACCUGGCUUGGCAGUGCAGGUACCUGAAGCAGUGUAGCCAUGGCAGCACAGAGCUUUGAGUGGCCUAAUUACUCUGCCAAGAAAUAAAUGGAUACUGGCAAUUCCCUGGGGAAAAAGAGGUUGAAUUGUUAACAAAAAGAGUUUCCUCUGAGGCACGUUCAUUAAAUAGGUGUUAGCAAGAGCCAGAAAACCUCAGGUUCUAACCUUAGAAUAAAAAUGUCUUUGUCCUUUAGCACUUGUGAUGUCCCAGCCUUCUAAUUCUCCCACUGUCUAUAGAUACAAAAGAAAAAUGUGAUUUCAAUAUCUGGUGGAAAACCUAAAAUAAAGCAAAUUAUCCCCACCCCCAACUAAAAUCAAUAGGUAACAUCUCCUCAAAAAGACAAAUAUAAGAAGUUUUUCCUUUCUGGAAACAUGCAGAGCUCUCCUGGUGGCAGCAGCAGCGGGGUGGAGUUGCUUGAGCAUCCUGCUUCCCUAGGACACACGUCAGGGACAGUCCCCUGAGCAACGCCAGGAGCACGGGCACAUCUCCUGUUGAAUGUGCCUCUAAAAAUGGCAGGGCAAAGAAGCAAUAGAGGUGAAAAUCCCACAGAGCCACCAGGAUGUGAUGCCCAAUGAUGAGCAGUAAUUACUGCAGCAACACUUCAGCCAGCAUGAGUGUCAACGAAAUGUCUGCCUUCCCUCUGACUUUAGAACAAAAAACUGGCUUUGCCUUUGUGGGGAUUUUGUGUGUUUUCUUGGGACUUCUAAUUAUCAGAUGCUUCAAAAUCUUGCUAGACCCCUACAGCAGUAUGCCUUCUUCCACGUGGGAAGAUGAAGUUGAGGGGUUGGAUAAAGGGACAUUUGAAUAUGCUCUUGCAUGAAAACUCACACAAUAUCCUGCCUUAAAUUUGAUGUUGAUUUCAUUCUGGAAACCAACUGUUGUUACAUUUGUUAUACAUACCUGCAUUUUGGAGAUAUGUUGGUGGCAUCCAUUUUGUUAAAUAAACAUUUGUUGCAAACUCAAAA